AUGCAGCAGCCCGCCACUUCGAAGCACUCGCGUAUUCUUAAGUGGGUUGAAUCUAUUGAUUGCGACCAUGAUACGCGGGAUGCCAACGGCUUCACGACGCCAACCCUUCCUUCGCCCGGAACUUCCUCAUCGGCCGACAGAUCGAACUUCCAUGUGUCCUAUUCGGAAAGAAUCCUUGAGGAGGGCUGUUUUUACCUGCGCGAUAACCUGGAGGGGAACGGCAUCUACUUUGAUUCACGCGACCCGACUCCAGAGCACAUCACCAACCUCAUAAACCAAAUACGCCAGGACCGUGACUCUCCCGGCCCAACGGUGGAUGAGGUUAAGCAAGAUGAAGAACUCCGUGACCUCGUGUGUGAAUUUCCACGAAAAUCACAAGUGGAAAAGUAUGUCUUAACUCGCAUUCUCUUCGACCCUAGAUCGCGUCACUGUCUCAAACGCGUCGAGAGAGAACCGAUGGCUAGGCACCAUGUUCCAAGCAGGACGGAAUCCCUUUUCGAGGUUAGCACCCCUGUGCCGGACGCGAUCUAUGGAUACAAAGCGAAGAACGCCUUUCCCCAGCUGACGUGGUCUGUGGCGAGAGAAGACAUGAUAGCCAAUGAUCAACUGCUCAUGCUUCCAUUCUUGGUCGUCGAGAUCUUGGGAGACGAUAGUGGCAUGUGGGGGGCUAUUUGCCGAUGUAUGAGAGGGUCAGCGUCUUGUGUUAAUAUGGUGGAAAAGCUCAACCGUCGUGUGAAGCAGUGCACGAACGACACUGUCCAUCCAAUCAACAGCGCUGCAUUCGGCAUUGCCAUUCGCGGUACGCACGCACGAUUACAUGUCUCAUGGAAGCAGGAUGAGGACUAUCACACGGAGGACGUCGAUACUUUCCUCCUUCAAGUUCCUGAGCAUUACAUCAAGUUCUACAAGUAUGUACAUAAAAUCCUUGACUGGGGUAAGGGUGAGCGCCUGGAGGAGAUUCGUAACUCCCUUGGUUUCCUUCAGACAGGGAAAGAGAGUCAAGAGAAGGCUUUGGCUGUAGAAAAGCCGACGCCUGGGUCGAUGCCCAAGCCAAGACGAAGCCGUCGGCUGCAGCAAAUUCGAAGUCGUCGGCUGGAGUCUAAUACUCCUGCUGGGAAAUGUCGUCGAUGUUAA